GGAUCCCUUUACACAUUUGCAUGCUUUAGGCACUGUUUCUCAAUCUUAUUUCGGUCAAGGCACCCUUUACAAUUAUGGACAGUCUUGAGGCACCCUUUAAAACUAUGGACAGUCCUGAGGCACCCUUUAACCUUAUGGACAGUCCCAAGGCACCCUUUAAAAUUAUGGGCAGUCCCAAGGCAUCCUUUAAAAUUAUGGACAGUCCCGUUGCACCCUUUAAAAUUAUGGACAGUCCCGAGGCACCCUUUAAAAUUAUGGACAUUCCCGAGGCACUCUUUAAAAUUAUGGACAGUCCCGAGGCACCCUUUAAAAUUAUGGACAUUCCCGAGGCACCCUUUAAAAUUAUGGACAGUCCCGAGGCACCCUUUAAAAUUAUGGACAUUCCCGAGGCACCCUUUAAAAUUAUGGACAGACUUGAG